ACAUCAAUAAACCUUUGAGUAACUUUCAGUAAAUUAACAUCAUCCAGAACUUGUGCAUCUAUAUCACCACAAAGUCGACACCAGGUUUUGUAGUUUGCUGACAUUUUUGUGUAAUUAAAGGUACGGCUGAGACUUAAUGUUAUUGUAGACACAAAAUUAACUGUUUUUCAUCAAGUUUGCUAAUAUUUUGAGGAUCUGAGAAUUUUAAGGCUGAUUUAAAUGACCAAAUUAAAGAUAUUGACUCCAAAUUAAGCUGAAAUGUCAAACAAUUGACUUCAAAAAGGCUUAAAAAUUAAAUUUUGCUUGACUUUUUCUUGUUUACAAAAGUUUUUAUGUUGCAACUGUUUUGAUGAAUAUUUUGUGAGAAUUGAGAGAGUUGCAAUGAAAUGAGAGGAACUGAGAGAAUUGAGGCAAGAAGUUACAGUCCCCUUGUUUACAACAUAAGCUCCAAAUAAUAAGAUUUUUUAACAAGUUGUCAAAAAAACAUGAAAUAAACCAAAAAAUCUGAUUUUUAUGCAAAAAGUUGAAAGUUUUAAAAGAAGAGCAUCAAUUCGAGAGAUUUAAGGAACAAUUUGAAAGAUUGACGAUGGAUUUGUCACAAAAUAUGCAUCAAGAAGUUCACAGCAACCUGUUUCAGUGAAGAAAGCAUUGUUAAAAAUCAAAAUAAGCUUUAAAGUUUGUUCAAAAUAUUAGAAAAAUUCAUGAAAAAAGAAACUCAGCUUGAAGAAUCAGUUUAAACACAAGAACAACAAGAUAAAUCAUCAAUCAGACCAAUCAAAAAUCAAGGAUCAUCAAAAAUCCAAGAAUACAUCAUCAUUCACCAACAAGAAGCUUUAAUCACUUAAGUCCGAUCAAAUAUUCAAUUCUGGAGAUUCUCUUCCAAACCAACGUCAGCUCAUUCUUACCAAUUGCUCCUCAUCUAAACCAACAGCUGCAAAUCAACUCCAAAGACCAACAGUCAUCACCAAAGCUCAAGAAAUCUCAAAAUUCCAUUCAAAACAUUUCAUUAGUUCCACAAACAACCCUCAAUUCUAUUAAUAAGGCUGUCCAAAACCCAACUCCAACCAACAAUGGAGAGCAUAAUCUACGGCAUCGAAUUCCAAGCACGAAGCCUCGUAUCUCAACAAGAUGCUGAAGAAAUUCGCUUCUUUAUCGGAACUCAAAUGAUCAAUGGAAAGAAUCAAAUUCAUCUCUUAGAAGUUGACGAUGACAACAACAAAUUAAAGACAAAGACAUUUUCACAUGAACAAGGUGAAAUUUGGAAAUUGACAAGUUGUCCGACUGACAAGCUGCUUGCAUCUGUUUACAGCAGUAAUUUAGUGAUGAAAUCAGCUGUGCUGAAAAUUCCUGAAAAUGUCUUUCUUGAUCCGUCUGUUGAGACAUUGGACUUUGAGGAUGUUGAAGUGCUUGACACGGAACCGCAUGGAACUGAGAUAAAAACGACUGAAUUUCAUCCAACAAACACGAAUGUUCUGGCGACAGUCAUUGACUCAAAAGUGCUGAUUUUUAAUCGUGCUGAGGCGAAAUCUCAAGUUGUGGCUGAAAUUACGAGUAAAAAUUCAGCAAAAUUUGCAGGCGGGAAGUGGAACAACUCUAAUCAGUUUGUAGUCAUGCAUGAGAAUGGUGUUAAGAGCUAUGACACUAGGGAGAGUAAUCAUGUAGCUUGGGAGAUACCUAAUGCUCAUAUUCAGCCGGUUCGAGACUUGGAUGUGAAUCCUAAUAAGGCAUUUACUAUUGCGACUGUUGGGGAUGACUGCACAUUGAAGAUUUGGGACAUCCGGAACAACAAAACUCCAGUGUUCUCAAGACGCGAUCAUCAACACUGGAUCUUCUCAGUUUCAUUUAACAAAUUUCAUGAUCAAUUGAUUCUCACGAGUGGAAGUGAUGGAAAAGUGUUGUUGACUUGUGCUGCAUCUUGCAGUUCUGAGACAAAUGUGUCGACCAUGUCGAGAGAUAUGAAGGAAAAGGAUGAUGAUGGCGAUGAUGAUGAUAUUGAGGAAGAGUUCCAGUUGAAAACUAGGAAGAGUCAACUUAAGGAUGGAGUUUUGGAGAAGUUUGAACAGCAUGAGGACUCAGUCUAUUGUGCAGAAUGGUGCAGUGCUGAUCCAUGGAUAUUCUGUUCAUGCUCUUGGGAUGGACGUGUUGUUGUGUCAAGAAUCCCAAAAAAAUAUAAAUAUCAAAUUUUGCUGUAGAUUUAUCUUAUUUUACUAAAUUAUAUUGAAACU